AUGUCGGCCUUGGAAGAGCUGAAGAUCGUCCUUCAGCACGAUAUCGACGAGCAGUACCAGUACCAGCCAGGGGAGAUCAUCAGAGGCAACAUCGUCAUCAAACUGUCCAGACCAACAGCUGUGAGGACAGUUACUCUCAAGGUAUGUGGUGAAGGCAACGUCAGCUGGAAGACAGACGACGGGGAUGUGUUCCAAGCCCAAGAAUCUUACGUAGACGCAGCCAAAACCAUCGUGGACACAGCCAACCAAGACCCACUCAGUCUGCCCAGGGGAACUCAUCAGUUUUCCUUUGAUUACCUCCUUCCUGAGAACAUUCCAAGUUCUUACAUUGGCAAGUACGGCAAUGUAACGUAUACCAUGAGAGUGACGGUCAACGGCGUAAACUCCAUUGAUACUUCAAUAUCCAGCGAACCGUUUCUGGUGCUGCGUGAAUCGCCCCUUCCAGGAAAAGUUAACCAACCUAUUAUGCUGGCGACUCAGAAACGACUGUGGGCUUCCUGUACUUUCGCUAAACUUCACAUAAACGUCAGCUUAGACCGACAAGGCGGGGUGCCUGGAGAAGAUAUUUUCAUCAAUGCAGAACUCAAGAACUUCAGCAGACGUGCGGUUACCGCCAUGCAAGCAGCGCUAAUCAUGAAAAGCACAUACAGGGCGAAGAAUAACUCCAUAGAUUUCCGACAGAUUGGGAGGAGAUGGACUUUCGCACGGCUAACACUGCCUCCCUACAUCCCCGAGUCCAAACUUGAACGUUGUGACAUUAUAGAGUUGGACUAUUUCUUCCAGUUCAAGGUGGAAUUAUCAGGAGGGUCAGAUGUCACGCUUGAAGCUCCACUAUUGAUUGGAUCAAAACCUCAAGGUUUGGAGAUUCCCGCUGACGAGAAGCUGGGUUUGAAAAUAAACAGACAGUGGACUAUUCAGACGGAAUAUAACGAUGGCUGGGGAGUGGAGAUUGUACCAGAGAUGAGACCCGAAGAUGCCGUUAUUGCUAAUCCGCUCUUUCAACACAAUUUGGCUCUCCAGAAAGGAGUAAAAGUGUACCCGGAUGAAGUCAUUGAAAAUACAAAAUUAUAG